CGAUCAAAAAGCCGGCUUGGUCUCAUCUUGGUUCGUGGCAAGGAAACACCAUCUCAAUUCCCAAGAACCUAUCUGCGAGAGCAUUCGCUUUAGAAAUUGAAGCGUUUACAGACUCUUUUUUUCUUCUUCUUCGAAUUUGUCCAAUAUCCGCAGCCUAACUGCUCGCGCGCUACUUUUUGAUACCACCCCUCCUGCGAGUGGCCCAAGCGACCUAAGCUAGCUACCCUGAGACGGUCCCUUAGGCGCCAUAUUCGCCCUUUUACUGGAGUCAACGCCCGAAAGCCCCGCAAAGCCUGCGUCGAAUCGGUCAGACUUCGCAACCACGACGACGGUGCCUCUCGACUCUCGGUCUACGGAUCUGAGAGAAACACUCUCCCGCACAGUCACGGCCGGACGCAUACUUUUUGACGCUGCCGACGACAGCAGGUUUCCAUCGCAGCCGCCACCGGUUUCGCGCUUUCGCAGAUACCCCACUAAGGCAACCGUCGAGGAGCAAAGAUCGAGAGAGAUGGACGGCAAAAGGCACCUAAACUCGUUCCAGCAGCUGGAGAAGCUGGGCGAGGGAACAUAUGCUACCGUUUUCAAAGGUCGAAAUAGACACACAGGAGAGCUUGUUGCACUAAAAGAGAUUCACCUCGACUCGGAGGAGGGUACACCAUCAACGGCAAUCCGUGAGAUCUCGCUUAUGAAAGAGCUCAAGCACGAGAACAUAGUCGGCCUUCACGAUGUCAUUCACACCGAGAACAAACUGAUGCUGGUCUUUGAGCACAUGGACGGCGAUUUGAAGAAAUACAUGGACACCAAGGGAGACCGCGGAGCGCUGCAACCCAUGGUGAUCAAGUCAUUUAUGUACCAGCUGCUCAAGGGUAUCGAUUUCUGUCACCAGAACCGCGUCCUGCACCGCGAUCUCAAGCCGCAAAACCUUUUGAUCAACAACAAGGGUGCCCUCAAACUCGGCGACUUUGGUCUGGCUCGUGCUUUUGGUAUUCCUGUCAACACAUUCUCCAACGAGGUAGUGACGCUCUGGUACCGCGCCCCCGACGUUCUUCUGGGUAGCCGGACGUACAACACAAGCAUAGACAUAUGGUCGGCCGGAUGCAUCAUGGCAGAGAUGUUUACCGGUAGGCCUCUGUUCCCGGGCACAACCAACGAGGACCAAAUCGUUCGCAUCUUCCGGAUCAUGGGCACACCGUCGGAGCGUACAUGGCCGGGGUUCUCGCAGUUCCCCGAGUACAAGAAGACGUUCCACACGUACGCCACUCAGGAUCUCCGCAACAUUCUCCCCCAAAUCGACGCUACCGGCAUAGACCUUCUGGGCAGGAUGUUGCAGUUGCGUCCCGAGAUGCGUAUCAGUGCGCACGAUGCACUGAAGCACCCUUGGUUCAACGAUAUCCUUAUGCAGCAACACCAGCAACAACACGCGAUACAGGCCCAAGCCCAAGCCCACCAAGCAAGGACGCAGUCGGGGAGCAGUCAGCAGCAGCAAAGCUAUUCUCAACAGCAGGUGCCACAACAGCAACAGCAGACACAUUCGCAGGCGCAGCCGUAUGAGAAUUAUUAGCUGGACUGAGCGGGGCUAUAUUUUUUUGCAUUCUUGCAUAUGACCUCGCGAGCCUGCGUUUCCGUCUGCUGGCUAGCUUAAUCAUCAUGUGAUUUGGACCAUAUCUGUUUUAUAUGAACAAAGGUCCACUUGAUGUUGUUCCCCUCAGCAGGUUUUUCUGUGCUUUCGUUAUUUGCUUGUGGCUCUUUCGUUGGCCAUCUGUUUUCGGGAGUAAGCAUCGGUUCUGCAUUAGGAUAAGAAUAUUGUACGGGAGCGGUUAUGAUAUUUGUUCUUUUAAUUUUGGUACACUGCGUAGAUAUUCUAUUAUUGAUUUACUGGAAGCUAGUUCCCUCGGUGGUAUCUGGUAUAAUUCUUUCCCUUCGCGUGUGAUAAGACGAGUGCACAUGUCCUCUUCCUCGACAACUUAAGAGGCCAGUUAGUACGGCAACAAAGGUGUCUGAAGUGUCUGUACCAGACUAGAUGCAACUAAUCCAAUAUACACAUUUAAAUCAGCAAAAUAUGGGUUGGAAAGUUACGUCGUAUCAGC